GUAGGUAGAUACCUAAACUGAACUUCACCGUUUCAACGUCAGAAAAGUUUUGGAGUUCAAAAGAUUGAGAGACAGUUCCGGCGACUCCCCUGAGGCCCUGACCAAGACAUUCUACCCCUGGUCCUUGUAAACUCCGAAAUUAAUUAAAUACAGGCUGGACUCACAUGCUUUCAAUUGUUCCACUCCAUGAUUCUUAACCAACCCACCAUUAUUGUUUUCUACUGGUCCUUGUGCUUGUCCUUUCUCUUUCUCUUCUAUUUAUAGCUUCAGCGACAUCAUCGGCCUUUUCAAUUUCAAAUUCCUUCCUUAGAGCUCUCUCUUUGGUUGUUUGUUUUAGCUUCUAGUUGGGAUAAAUUGUUUUUGGUUGGUGGGUUGCUUGCUGUAAUGGCGGAGACAUGGGUGAGAAUGGUGACUGCGCAAACACCAACUAAUAUAGCGGUGAUAAAGUACUGGGGGAAGAGGGAUGAGACCCUGAUUUUGCCUGUUAAUGAUAGCUUAAGUGUUACUCUAGAUCCUGCACAUCUUUGUACUACCACUACUGUCGCUGUUAGUCCUAGUUUUGGACAGGAUCGGAUGUGGCUUAAUGGAAAGGAGAUAUCCCUUUCUGGAGGCAGAUAUCAAAAUUGUUUAAGGGAAAUUCGUGCUCGAGCCUGUGAUGUUGAGGACAAGGAAAGGGGCAUCAAGAUUGCAAAGAAGGAUUGGGAGAAAUUGCAUGUCCAUAUAGCUUCAUAUAACAAUUUCCCUACUGCUGCUGGACUUGCUUCUUCAGCAGCUGGUUUUGCUUGUCUGGUUUUUGCCCUUGCAAAGCUGAUGAAUGCUAAAGAAGAUAAUAGUGAGCUUUCCGCUAUUGCAAGGCAAGGUUCUGGCAGUGCUUGUCGUAGUUUGUUUGGUGGAUUUGUGAAGUGGAACAUGGGAAAGGUUAAGGAUGGAAGUGACAGCCUUGCUGUUCAAGUUGUGGAUGAGAAGCACUGGGAUGACCUUGUUAUUAUUAUUGCUGUGGUAAGUUCCCGGCAGAAAGAAACUAGUAGCACCACUGGAAUGCGUGACACUGUUGAAACCAGCUUGCUUUUGCAACAUAGAGCCAAGGAGAUUGUACCAAAACGCAUUAUUCAAAUGGAAGAGGCCAUAAAAAAUCGUGAUUUUGCCUCCUUUGCACACUUAACCUGUGCUGAUAGUAAUCAAUUUCAUGCUGUCUGUUUGGAUACAUGUCCUCCAAUUUUCUACAUGAACGAUACAUCACACAGGAUAAUCAGCUGUGUUGAAAAAUGGAAUCGUUCCGAAGGAACACCUCAGGUGGCUUAUACAUUUGAUGCUGGGCCAAAUGCAGUUCUAAUUGCACAUAAUAGACAGGCUGCUGCCCAGUUAUUGCAGAAGCUUCUUUUCUAUUUCCCUCCAAAUUCUGACACUGAUUUAAACAGUUAUGUUCUUGGUGAUAAUUCAAUACUGAAGGAUGCUGGAAUCGAAGAUUUGAAGGACGUGGAAGCAUUGCCACCACCUCCAGAAACUAAGGAUGCCCAAAGAUUCAAAGGGGAUGUAAGCUAUUUCAUCUGCACGAGACCAGGUCGGGGUCCUGUCUUGCUUUCUGAUGAAAGUCAUGCUCUUCUCUGCCCUGAAACCGGGCUGCCUAAAUAAAAUGGGCUGCCCUCUUUCUUACUCUUUGUAAGCCUGAUGAUUGUUUUCUGUAAUUGAAGUUACAGUGAAGCAAUUCCUUGUAACUUUUCCUCGCAAGUCUGCAGUAAUGCUGCUUUUGUCUUGCAUUUUUUUUCCCUUUAUGGUUCAUUUAGGAUUUAUUUACUCACAAAGGACAGUUCAUUGAAGUAUCUUUCAGCUGAAAGUCUUAAAAUAGUUAUUACAGUAAUUUGAAAAUCUGUAUUUCUGAUUCACUGAGCAUGAAUAAAUUCAUGGUUGUUUACCUGAAA